AUGCAGGACACAUUAAAAAAGUCCGUGGAGGAGUUUAGAGUAUAUUCUGAACGAGCCAAGGUGCUAUUCAGCGAGACAAUUCAAUGUUUAGAAGAAAUGGAGAACCAAGCGAAGCUGAGCAAAGACGCCAUUACAAACAUGUUUUCUUCAAUAAGCAUGGAAGAGAUCCGGCGCGCCUUGAACAAAAGGCCUGCAGUAGUGUUCAUUGGUAAUAGAAAUUGCGGCAAAAGCGCUAUACUAAACGAACUUUUGGGUGGUUCGUAUCUUCCUGUUCACGAAACACCGUGUACUUCCCGUAUUGUCAAGGUCGGUUACACACCAAAUCAGAAUACAGUCCGAGCUGUUGACAAAAUGGGCCAAGAAACCAAACCAUGGACUGUAUUCAACAAGAAGGUUCCUGAAGACUAUGUCGUGGCCAGUGAUGAAGGCAGAGAUCAGUCCCAACAGCUUAGGUGGACUGUGGAAAUUGCUUUGAAUCAUCCCUUUCUAAAGAGCGGUAUUGAGUUGAUCGACUCCCCAGGGAGAAACGAAAAUGAUGCAUUGGAUGAUGUGGUGGAUACGUUCUUUGAGAAGGGGACAACUCCACUUGUUGUAUACAUCAUUGAUGGAAACCAGGAACUGAGGCAAUCGGUAAGUACAAGUAAAUGAAUUUAGUUAUGAAAAAGUCAUUCUCGGAAACUUUUAAUGAGGAAGUCGGGAAUUUGCAUUCAGCCGGAAAUACUGGGUAGCUCGACUUUGUUAGCAACGAAAUUUGCGAUGUCUUCUCAUUUUUAAAGAAAAGUCUAUAAAAACAUACCCAUAUCUAUACCCUCAGUUCAAUGGAGUCGUUAGUCCAAAAUAGACAAAAUAUAGGUCUUAAUGGCAGCUACGAGACUCUCACAGAGUAGUUAUUUUUAACUUCUCUCCAGUAUAGUGUUGAAUUCAAUCCAGACCAAAGGUAGAAAUUACUGGAAGUCGUCGGUGGGUUUUCUUAAGCCGAAAGGUGCGGCAGUCAUAAUGGCGACACACUUAAUUUUUAUUUUAUUUUUUUUCUUUUAUUAGCUUUGCCCUGAAGAAUACAAAAAAAAACAAAACAAAACAAAACAAAACAAAACAAAACUUAGGAUAUGCAAACACUAGUAAUAAGAACGUAACAAUACACUAAUAAUAACUUAAAUAUUUGGGCAGAGACACCGCAACAGCUAAAGCCAAUUACUGCGGACCCAAUUAUAAAAAAAUGUAAAAGUAGCAAUUUAAAUCACAUGCAGCAGCUAAUUUCUUGGUCUAAAAACCUGGCUGUGUUACAUUUCAAGCAAACACUUUUGAAGUUCCUUGGAGAGUCCGGACCAUAGUUUAUUGUCAGAGCCCGCGAGUAAUAACCGUAACGAACAGAUUUAAAGUUCUCAAAAGUAACAUUAUGUAGGUCAAGUCUAAUAAUAAGCAGGUUCCAGAUUCUAGUGGUUCUUAUGAAAAACGAUUUCUGAAAGGUAGAAGUCCUGCAUUUUUUAGGCACAAAAGAUUGAGAGCUCGUUACGGAUAUACGGGUCCUUCGUGCGCAUUCGCGCACGAAGGGCACAACAGACGGAUCUAAGUGAAUCAUAUUAUGCGUAGCCUUGUAAAAAUAUACUAGAUCUAGUAACUCGUGCCAGCAGCACACAGGAAGUAAGUUUACAGACAUUAGUCUUUCUUUGUAAGAUAUAUUUGUUAAAAAAGGCAAGCAAAGAAUGAAUUUGGUGGCACGUCUUUGGAUACUUUCGAGUUUAGAAAUUAGUUCAAUGCCUUGGGGCGCCCAGACCUGGGUUGCGUAGCCAAGAUGAACACGAACUAGCCCGAGGUAUAAUGUGCGCCUUACGGAAGUUCCGUGAAUAAACCUAGAGUUCCUCCUUGUUUGCUCGUGCAGCUUGGUGAGAGACUUGGGCGUGCCAAGUCAAGUCACUUAAAGCAUGGGUCUUAGGGUAGACCAUCACCCAACGCCCUCAGAAACAAGAAUGAGAACCCGGAAAUACGAAAAGCGCACCCCCACUUUACCAUACCGCCAUAUAACAGUAUAUGACACUAAAACUUUGAAUAACUCGAACACCUUAAGCGGAUCCCAUGAAGCAGUCUUCGCUGGAUGGUUCCUCACUUUAUGCAUAGACAUCGCCUCCAAUAGGCCACUUCCGAGUUCCAAAAGCCCUCAAUUUCAAAAUGAGGCUAGGUGCACAACGUUUCUUCUGAAAAUGAGUUUUAUUUGCAUGAGAGUCAAAAAUGAUUUCGAUAUCAAAGGCUGAGCACCUACCCUCGUUUUGAAACAAAGGCCCGGGGGAACCCGGAAAUGGCCUAUUCUAGCCAAGAACCUUAUGCCCUUUCUUUCGGGGGUGGGGUUGGGGAAGACGGAACCCUGACAACGGUCCAGAACAACUCGGAAUGUUAAUGAAGGGUUAAUGAAUGUCUCGCAGUUUCGUAGAGAGGUGAACCAAAGCAUACGGUCGGUCCCUGUAUUGCAGAUGGCCAGGUUUUUUUUCAGACCGGUUUUUUUGUUUCCUGCGACCCGGGGGACUCUCGGCAGCCUCUAUAACUUCAAAACCGCUCAUCCCACGGCCACUAAAAUUACACAUUAGAAUGUGAUUGACACACCGACUUUAUCUGACGUCAUUAUGACGUCAUAUGAAUGAAUUUAUUGGAAGAAUCCAAAUUUGCCUCAAAGUAGGCAUGAAGCGAAAAAUACUUGAAUAGUAAGGUCUCUAAUAAAAUCAAGGAAGUUGGCUGACACAUAAAUGAUCUUUAACAAUAGCAGUGAUGUCAUAAUGACGUCAUUUAUUACUGAAAAAGGAACUGAAAUCAUCUGCUAUGUUGGAUCCGACAUUUUGAAUUAUUUAAAUGUAUUCCAUUUUACUUACAACUAGUAAACAUCGAGGUAUUUUAAUAGAAAACUUAAUCUGAGUAUAAAAGGAUGUUUCGGAGGCCAAAAAAUCAGCAAAAUAUGAAAUUCCGAGAGAAAUGAACACUGUUAAAAGCUUAACUCAGCAUCUGCCAUUUGGUCAUAUUGAACUCAUGUUUGUUCUCAAACUAGUCACUAAAAACCGUGGAUUUCAUUAACAGUUACAAUACCUUUGAUAAAAUAAUGCCAAAUAAAGUGUAAUGUAAUAAUACAAACCGUAAAUAUAGAAAUAAAACCCAUUUUUUGAGAAAAUGCAUAUUUUGAAAAACAUGGCUGUCAAAACUCGAUUGCCAUGGUAACAAUAAUGUUGACGUACACGUCACGGUGACUUUAAAAUGUUGCCAGAUAAGUUUUAGGAAAAUUCGCCAAGUUUAAUUUGGUGGUCCUAUAUAGCUUAAACGGUUUUGAAGUUGUUCAACUUUUUAGUCAGAGAUGACCAUAGCUCAUCAUCUGAUGCCAAGAUCACAUUUUAAGCCUUUUUGCCUGAAAAGGCAAAAUUAAAGCCAGUGGAAUUGCAACCUUUUUCUUUCUUGCAGGACCAUGACACAAUCCGUUUCAUACAAGAUACAUUUCCGCAGCUGUCGUUUAUAUUCGUGUGUAACAAGAUAGACACGUCAGCAGAAGCAAAACAAUUCGACAACAGAAGUUCUGAUGAGAGCGAUUCUGAAGACGAAGAAACGACAAUAGAAUUCGAUAAGCAGAGAACUGUCUUUUCCCAGUUACAGAAUCACGGCCUCAUAGAUGACGACGAUUCAUAUGAAACAUGCUGCUGCUUUUAUGGAAUAUCAGCACAAGGUGUCCGAGAAGAAAGAAAACACAAGAGAAGUGGCAAAGCAACGGAGGCUUUCGCCAGGUUUGAAGAGGGAUUGUUGGCGAUUUUAGACGAAACUGUCAAACUGCAAGCCAAACAAGUGGUAAACAAGCUGAUUCUCUUCCAAAUGGCUCUUGUUCAGGCCAUAGAAAUGAAAAGGGAGACAUUGAAAUGUACACUAGUACUAUUUGGAAGUUCUUUAGACUAUGAUACCGCUAAAAGUAUCGGAAAAUCAUUGCAUGACACAUUGAUGUCCGCUGUUGCAAACAAAGACAAACUGGGAAUGCUGGUUAACUGCAAUCUCAUAAAUCUUAAAGAAAGAUUAAUGUCAGCUGCAGAACGAUAUCAAUAUCGCGAAAUAAAUAGUGGUUCGACAGCGCCUGAGCUUGAAGCAAAGGUAUAUUAUCUAUUGCUGAUGAAGGAUUGCGAGGACGAAGAAAGGGCUGAGUUUUCCCCUCAAAGAGAAGACGCCCCACUUUUGCAGUUCUUGGCCAGUAUGAAAGCAGCGAUCCUGGAUAGGGCCUUUAAUGUUUUGAAACGUGUUUUAGAGGUUUUCUUAAAAGGAACAACCGACCACAUUGAAAUUCAUUCAAGACGAAUUUGCAAUCCACUUGUGGAAGUUGCAUACGAAGUAGCUUAUGGAUCAGGACUGCUUAAAACACAGAGUUCCACCGUGCCACAAACGAAUGUUGGCAGGCUAAACCUCAUAAAAAUGACAGUAUGCGUCGCGUUAAGGAAAAUCCUGAAAAAGCUGUUGACGGAAGGCGUAUCUUACGAGAUGACUGAGUGGAGAUCUGUCACUAAUCUAGAGGACCGGCAAAGCAGAAGAAGAAUUAUGGAACAGUUAUUUUCAAAAUUAAACAGCAAUGCCAUCACUGAGUCAAUUUGUGCCGCCUGUACGAAAAGUUUGGAAGACAUGCAUGAUGCUUUCUUUAAAGUCAUUGAUGAUCUCAGUCAACUGAGUUUCCCUAUCUCAACCAAGACCUCUAAACAAAUGGAGGAAAUGGCCACAUUGUAUGUCCCCACAGUGAGGCACCUUGUCGUGAAAGCUCUCGCGCUGCAGUUCCUGUUAACCAAGGGACCGCUGCUACUGGGUCCAGUUCUGAAAGUCACAAAACAUGGUCAGCUUCAUGAGUGUGCUGGUUGGGCAGAGGAAUCGACCGGUGGUGCAUGCGUGGUGAAGGUGAUCAAAGAGGAAGAAGUGGAAGCAGAAGUGUGGGAACAAACGUCAGUACACCUCUUUAACACCAGGUAAGCAGCUCUUUAGUUAUAAAGUACAUACAUACAUACACACAUACAUACAUACAUACAUACAUACUUUGAGUAGGUUUGGGAGGGCAGCCAUAUAGGCUGAUGCAGACCUACUAAAGUACAAAUAAUUACAAAAUAGUAGAUAUCAAUUUAGACAAGAAAUAAAACUAUUUUCAAAAUUCAAUUAAGAUGAAAUUAAAAUGUUAAAACUAGAUUACAAUUCUUUCAUUGAUUAAUUUUAAAGUAGAGCUAAAAAUAUAUUGAAAUAGAUAAAAAUCCUUGACAAAAUCGUGCUUAUUACGGUAAUUCCGUAGUUAAAGCAAUUACUACGGACACUGCAGGAGUUGCUAUAACUAUUGUAUUUUUCCAUCACUACUGAGUGAAUCAUGACAUUACUAUCGAUAUUGCCUUUCACUAGCUGCUUCAUAAUGCCAAUACCUUUGUCAUUCGAGGCUACCCAGAGUAAUAUAGCUUUUUUUUUGGCGCUGGAAUAUCAUGAACGCCGAUGUGGUGGUAGUGUGGUGGUGGUGGAGGGAAAACGAAAGAAAUGCAGCAUGCAGACAAACAAAAAAGGAGGAGGGAAAACGAAAAACUGUUUUUGGUCGUAGAAAGGGCUUAUUUGCCUUUAUCCUCAUUAAAUACGCACGAUUUGCGCGCCAAGAAUUAGUGCACCGGAAAUGGAAUAAUUGUUGGAUGAAAGCGGAAGGAAAUAGAACUUGCAUAAUUACGUUAGUCUAAGACUCAGAGGUUUUAAGUCACAGGCGUAAACGGUGCUUGUAAGCGCCAGGAAUGUUUUCCGUUACCUUUAUAGUAUUUUUAUGUUCGCCGCGUUCUUAGUUAUUUUCGUGUUCGCGCCCUUAGUGCUGUUGCUAGGUUCAUUAGUUUUUCAUUGUCCGCGUAGCUUUGUCCUUCGUGUUAGGAUUUUUCUGCAUAUCGUAUAUUUAGCCUUUAUUGUAAUUUUUCGCGUCAGUUCGUCCUAGUUUUUUCGUCCUUAUCUCGCUAUCGCCUUCUAAGUAUCUCGUUUGUUUCAUUCGCAUUUCUAGAUUGCCUUAUUGCUUUCGUUCAGUUUGUAGGUUGUUUUAUCUUGACUUUGUAUCCAAAAAUGAUCUGAAAAUACACUCUCGUGUCUAAUCUUAUAUCAUUCGAAAUUACUAGAAGUACUCAAAAGGCUCUCGUUUGGCGGGACAGCAAAAGCAUGGCGGACAACGGUAAGCCGCCCAUUAAAGACGCACUCUAGGUUAUUCUGAAGAAGACACACCUGCAUCAGGGUCUUUAGAAAUUCUGUAAAAAUGGAAGCUAAUUGGAUUUGUGAAACCAUAACAAAAACUUGCAGUUUGGAAAACAGCAUAUGUAGUGCGCGACGUUUGUUGACUUUCACCCUAAUCCACCAAAGGACCACAAGAAGCUCUUUGGUCCUAUAUUGUAACAGGUUUUUCAGUCGUUUAGACCGUGAACGGCGAAUAUCUAAGGCCAGGUUACACCCCACUGAUGGCAAGACUAAACCUUGGACUGCUCUAUACAGCAACAUAAUUGCACCAAAUAUGCAUACACUCCUGACAGUUCUUUGAAUAACCUCCUCUUAUCCAGGAGAGUCUCGAUAUGGCGGGGAGUGGGGAGUGGGGGUGGCGGGGUCCCAAAUGUCACCUGUCAGUUAAUUUCUAGGCCAUUUGUCAGUUGCCAGUAAACUCCACCUAGAGCCCCAUCCACUCCUCAUCAGAUCCACCACGCGAAUAAUUCUAGCGUUAUAUUCAUAGGCUAAUAAAGAAAAACUUGGUUUGUGUACUGCAUGUGUACUUUAUUGGCAGGGAAGGAUUGGAAGGAGGCAAGGAUUGGGGAGCCUCAUCGUAACCUUCUCCAUGUCCAUGGCUGGUUAAUCCCUGAGCCCGGGGUUAUUCAUGUUUUAACGGAAAAGGCCGAUGCAGAUGUGACCACCGCCCUUCAACAGGGUCAGCUUUCGCUGAAGACCAGAAUGAGGAUAGCAUUGGAUGUAAUCAAUGGAGUAAAAGCGGUUCAUAAAGCACUUUAUAUACAUCAGGACAUCAAGGCAGAUUCAGUUUUGGUAUGUUAAGGAAACGUUUGCUUUUUCAUGGAGGAAAUCGUUAGUUGGAAAACGGAGAAGUGAUUAUCAGUUGUUUUGCAAAACGGGUGUUUAUAUUGAGCUGGAAGUUCAAAUUUUAACAUAUUAGCUUAAAUUAUCUUUCAAAAUACCAAAAUCUAGAAUUGAACCGAACUGCACAAAAGAACUGAUAUUCUAAUGUACAACUUUGAUUGACAUGUAGCCUGCUGCUUCCAGGCUCCAUGAUAAUAUUGCAGUCGUUUAGUUUUUUUUGUUCGCGAGUACGUCGCUUCUAUCUGAAAGCCUGGCAAAGGCUAAUUGAAUUGGCGUUAAUAAGACUUACAAAAAUUUAGCCGCAAGGGAAAUUUUAAAGGGGAGUCGAAGAUUUUCGAUUUGCUGUCAAUCUUUGAAUUUAUUUCAUAAUAACUAUGUUUCUGAGGUUUAACUGUUUCUGUUCUGUGAGCUUGAGAUGGCUAAUAUUGUAUACCCUUUUCAUAUAGUUCCACUAACAUCCCACCCUUGAAUCUGACCACUAAUUAGUGUUUGUUUUUAUGUUUAUUCGACAACAGCUGAUGAGAGACGGUACAGCGAAGAUUAAUAUGUCUAAACCUGAAAAGCCAUUUGAACGGACGCGGCAGGGAACACCUUUUCACAUCUCAUUAGAGAUGCAUAAAAACUAUAGUAAAGGUUUGUCAAGCGACUCGUCCUAUGACAUCUAUGCAUUUGGUGUCCUGCUUUGGGUACUUUGCGAAGGAUCUGGGACGCAUCGACCCCGAGCCUACGAGAGGUACAGAACUAUCGCGGCCAUGAAGCUGGCAGUUGAAAGGGAAAUUUAUCCAGAACGCCCCGUCGACACCCCUGAUGCUUGUUGGGAAUUGAUGACGAAAUGUUGGCGCCAACGUUGCAUUUUGACAGCGGAUGACGUUUUAAAGGAGAUGGAAGAAAUAUUUCAUAAUUGCGUUCAAUAAUGGCAGAGCAACUUGUGAUGAACUCAACAAAUUAUGACAUUUUG